AUGGUCCUGCAGACUCCCCUACCCAGAGGAAGGCUGAUGCCCCAGGGUGUCGUGCUGGGUGAGCUGGUCCUGGCAGUGGAGGCAGGAAUCAUCCCGCUCCGAAACAUCUCUCCACCCAUCAAGCUAAUCUUCAAAAAGAAUCCAACGGUUCAGAUCGGGACUUGUGUGUCCUGGAAGGAGCCGGAGAACGAAGCAGGACGGUGGAGCACCGACGGCUGCAACACCACCACCACUGGGGACAGCUUCAUCUGCAGCUGCGACCACCUGAACUUCUUCGCCGUGCUGGUGAACCCAGACAUAUCGGUGGAUGAAACCCACCCCAGGAUCCUUAACUACAUCAACUACAUCGGGUCGGCGCUUUCCGUCCUCUUCGCAUUCAUCAGCUUGUUCAUCUACAUCAGUCUUCACCGCCGGCGUCCGGAGAAGGCCAUCGUCCUCCACAUGCAGCUGUCGGUGGCGGUGCUCUGCCUCCACCUCGGCUUCCUGCUGUGCAGCCUCUGGUUGUGGCUGCCGUUUGGGACGGGGGACGGCCUGGUCUGCAGAGGUCUGGGUCUGUUCCUGCACUGGUCUCUGCUGGCCAACCUGGCCUGGAUGGCCCUGGAGGGCUUCCACCUCUACCAGCUGCUGGUCCGGGUCUUCAACAUCUACGUCCACAGAUACCUGCUCAAAGUCAGCGCCGUGGGAUGGGGGUUUCCGACGCUGGCCGCCUUCGCCUGUGGCGUCUCUGGAGUCUACGGAAAAUACGAGGUGCAUUUCAGAGAUGGCAACAAUGCCACGUCGACGGCACAGAUGUGCUGGAUGGUGCAGGGCCCGGCGAGCCGCAUCGUCAGCUACGUCAUGGUGGGCGUCCUCUUCCUGGUGGUUCUGUACAACUCCUGCAUGCUGGCGCUGGUGGUGUUCCAGCUGUGGAGGUCCAGGGACCGGUCCGGUCGGUCCGGCAGGUCCAGGACCAGCGCUGACGGGACCAAGAUGAGCAGGAAGAAGGCAGCGGAGCUGUGGAGGAGCGGCGUCACCGUGCUGGGCCUCAGCUGCAUACUGGGGUUGCACUGGGGACUGGCCAGCGUCACCUACAUAUCGCUGCCCGGGAUCUACGUCUUCACCGUCCUCAACUCCCUGCAGGGCUUCUUCGUGUUCCUGUGGUCGGUUGCUCUGUUCCGUAAGUCUCUCCGGGAACCGUCCUCCCAGAAGAUGAUGACGACCAGCUUCAACCACUGA